GGUCAGCACUGGCAAUCAGACGGUGCCAACGGUCUGAGAUCUCAGAAGCUGCUCUCCUGGGGCUCAUCCUGUCAAGCUUCUAGAAGAUUAUUUUAGCCAUCAGCAAACAGCAGCAGCUACAGCCAGGACCCUCGUAGCCCGAAUUGCAAGUAGGAAAGAGACAGAGGGGGAAUCCGGAGACAAACCAGCGGGGGAAUUGGGAGCCGUGACGUCGUGUCUUCCCUCCUGUGCUGCUGCAAGCAAGGGAAGGGGAAGUAGAGGAAAAGGAGAAACUGACUGAGACUUGCAACUGACCUUCAUCCUGACAAUGUGUCAGUCAAACACCCUGCAGGGACCAGAUCUGCACGCAGGGAAAUGGUUGCAAUUCCCCCAGUUGGCCCUGAGGCGGAGGUUGGGCCAGCUCAGCUGUAUGUCUAAGCCUGCUCUGAAACUCCGUUCUUGGCCUCUGACUAUUCUCUAUUACCUUCUGCCUUUCGGUGCUCUUAAACCCUUGACCAGAGUGGGAUGGAGGCCUAUGAGCAGGGUUGCUCUGUACAAAUCAGUACCAACACGACUGCUGUCACGAGCCUGGGGACGUCUGAACCAGGUCGAGCUGCCAACCUGGCUCCGGAAGCCUGUGUACAGCCUGUAUAUUUGGACGUUUGGUGUGAACAUGAAGGAGGCAGCUGUCGAAGAUCUUCAUCACUACAGAAACCUCAGCGAGUUUUUUCGCAGGAAGCUAAAACCACAGGCCCGGCCAGUCUGCUGCUUGCACAGUGUGAUCAGUCCCUCAGAUGGAAAAAUUCUCAACUUUGGACAAGUGAAGAACUGUGAGGUGGAGCAAGUAAAGGGUGUCACUUACUCACUGGAGUCCUUUCUGGGGCCACAGAUCAGUCCAGAGGACCUACAGUUCAGCCAAACCUCCUCUUGCAACUCAUUCCAAAAUCAGCUCGUCACAAAGGAGGGGAAUGAACUCUAUCACUGUGUGAUCUACCUGGCCCCUGGUGAUUAUCACUGCUUCCACUCACCCACUGACUGGAGAGUAUCACACCGACGCCACUUCCCAGGCUCCCUAAUGUCUGUGAAUCCAGGGGUUGCUCGUUGGAUCAAGGAGCUCUUCUGCCAUAAUGAGCGUGUUGUCCUCACAGGGGACUGGAAACAUGGCUUUUUCUCACUAACAGCAGUAGGAGCCACAAAUGUGGGCUCUAUCCGCAUCUACUUUGACCAGGACUUGCAUACUAAUAGUCCACGUUACAGCAAAGGCUCCUACAAUGACUUCAGCUUCAUAACUAACAACAACAAGGAGGGCAUCCCCAUGAGGAAGGGAGAACACUUAGGAGAGUUUAACCUGGGCUCAACCAUUGUUCUCAUCUUUGAGGCACCCAAGGACUUCAAGUUCCACCUCAAACCUGGACAAAAAAUUCGCUUUGGAGAAGCCCUGGGGUCCCUAUAGGAACUGCCAGAGCAAGAGGAUUUUAUACAUGGAAGGACUCAGCUGUACAAGGAAAUGUUUCACUAAACAGAAAAUAUCACUCAGCAGGACCUGGGUGAGGGAAAUAACAUGCAUCACUGCUCUGUUAAACGGGGAGUGUGCACCCUAUAGUGCAUACCCUUGCUGAGUGCAGUAAAAUAAUCGGAUAAUUCAUAUACAUAUCAGGUACAGACGCCUUUAAGAAUGUUGACCAGGGAGGUUCCUGUUCCACCCUGUGCCUGCAGUCUUUCAUGCUCUCCCCCACUUUAGCCUGCUGAAAACUGAUUACAUUUACAGAGUAUGUAGGUCCUUACUGGGCCUGCUCAGUCUCUGUAGUUGCAAGGGGGAGGGAUGAAGGCAGAGAGAUUAGUAUAUUUAAAGGGACACUGACAGGUUGAUCAAGAUCUAAAAUUUCAGUUCUGUAAAAUCUGGGUUUCAAACUACCUAGUAUGUCUUCCCACAUUUAUUUUUCAGAACCAUCAUUCAGCAUCGUGUUAAUACAGGACAGCCAUAAAGUCUAAACUGGCUAGUAUAGUUUCAUUGGCCAGACUAGGAGAAGUGCACAAGAAAACAACAUCAGUAUUGGUGAAAGCAACUUAGACUCAUUCAGUCAUAACAAUUCAAUGUAUUAGCGACAGAUAUAAAGCAUUCAAAAGUUCAUAACCUGACACUGUCCCUUUAAAUUGGACUUUGCACUGUAUUUUUAACCUGAAAACACUGUGUCUACAUUCCACGUGGUCAAACUGAUUAUCAUAAUCAUCUUUUUUAAGGAUUUUUUUAAAACUUGUGGCAGUCAGCCCCAGCCACUCUAUUCUCCACCUCUGUGGUUUUACUUAGUUAUUCCAGGCCUUAAGGAUUUUUGUUCAUGUGGCUGACAGUUACACUCAUCCAAUGACAAGCUGUUGCAGGAGAAGAUUGUGACAGGAAAAAUAACACUUAAGGGGUAUAUUGCCUUUUCAGUGCUUGGGGUGUUUCCAUCAGAGCCCCCUUGUGCUUUACAUUAGGAAAGCAGCCAAAGUGUGUGUUCCCCUUCUGCUAUUCAUGGGAUGUUGCUUUUUUUGUUGUCAUAAACUGUGGGAUCUGUCACUAAGUUCUGGGUGGAGGGAUUUCUUCAUUUAUUAAACACUUUGAAAUACUUCAGGGCCUACUGUUAGUGCAUGGAUUGAAAUACCACAUGCACUGACUAUAUUCAAAACCAUUGUGAAUUUUCAGAGCAAUCUCAGGUUGCUCCCCUGGUGCACUAACCUACUUUUCCAUCCAGCAAAGAACUUGCAACUAUUUAUCACAGUAGAAGAAGCCAAACUUGUACUUUUUGCCCUCAGACCUGGUAGAGAGAUGCUGGGGCUGAGAGCUCUGUUCUGAAGCUUCAUUCUGUUGCAAACUUAAGUGUUUUUGUAAAUUCAUACCAAGGAGGAUUAGAAUGGAGAUAUUAACAUUUCAGCCAGUCUGUGAAACAUGACACUAAUACUUGGUGUGUUAAGCUUCUUGUUACCAGUAAUGGGAUUGACAGCAACUGGUGCCAAAAGAGUGGAGAGAUACUCACUUUUAAAGCAAUGUUAUCAUCUAUUCUAAAAUAAAUUCUACUUGGAGUCCAGGAAGUCAAAUGCCUGUAAGUAACUAGGCCAAGUGAGGGAAUUAACUCAAACUCCUGUCUGAACGUGUUUCACGCUGGCUUGAGCUUCGAGGGCACACGUGCCACGGGGGCACUGGAUGUUUUACUCAAUCUGCUGCUACUUUAGGGGGGUCUUCUGACAAAAACGCUUCUUGGGAGUCUAUACCUUCUUCUUGUUCCGUCUCCUUGCAGUUCAGCUGUGCUGAAGGAAAGUCUAAACUCCCCCUGGGCUGUGCAGAAAAUAGAAAGGAAUUUUGUUAUAAGUGUGCAGUUGGUCAAGCCCCUGUACAUAUAGCUUCCUAGUAGGGAAAAGAGAUGAUGUAAUCUGUUUGCUAACAAAGCCUGACAAAUACUUACCAUAUGAUCUUGACCGUUGGAGGCAGGGGGGGUGGAAAAAAAGAAUCCUUUGGUUCUAAGUCAGUCUUUCCUCCUUUUCUAUGGGGAUGGUUUUUGUAGAAGUUUGAAGUGGCUCUUAGCAGCCAGCCACCUUGUUUAAACCCUUUCAGUUAGCAAGUUAGUUCCUGUAUUAGUGUUUCAACAGUCUGGUUUCAAAUAUGCGGAGAUUUAAAAACAAAAACUUGAGGGUGUGAAGUGCAUGAAGACAGAUAUCAGCCCCCGGGGUUAAAGCUGUCACUAGCUUCUUGCAAAUUCCAACUUGUUGGACCUGUUCCAGUGGGUCAAAGGAAGGAAGACUGAAUCUCUUCCACCCACCCCCUCCACUGGGGCUUAAUUGCCUCUGGGCAUGGCCAAAGCAACUCUAAGCUUUAAUUUCUCACUACUUGGCAUCAUCCUCCAUAGUAUCUGAGGGCCAUGGUUAGGUUAACAGUGGAGAAGAGGGUGCUGCUGCUUACUUUAAUAUAAAUCUGAAAAGAGGCAGAUCAUUCUGCACCAGGUUAACUCUUCAUGGUAGUCUUCACACUGUAGAAGCCUGGCUGAUGGCUGGGGAAGAGGAAUCUUAGCCCUAGAUCAGCACUGGUCAUAGAAAGGGGAAGCAGAGUUCCUGGAAGGUACUGGUGAUGCUGUGAAUUUCUCCUACAUGGAGAAUCCAUUUAAUUUUUCAACUGUAUCAGUAGCACGGUAUUUUUGUAUGUCAAAGUGUACGACUUAUGAACAUUAACUCAUUUACCUGCAAACAUUUUGAAUAAAAAGUCUUAUACGUGU